AUGUAUGUGUUUAAGUAUAAAUUUGUCAAAAGCUGCUGGGUUUGUUUUGCUACUGAUGAGGAUGAUCGGACAGCAGAGUGGGUGAGACCUUGCAGGUGCAGGGGCUCUACGAAAUGGGUUCAUCAGACUUGUCUGCAGCGCUGGGUGGAUGAAAAGCAAAGAGGAAACAGUACUGCUAGAGUUGCUUGUCCUCAGUGCAAUGCAGAAUAUUUAAUAGUAUUUCCAAAGCUAGGUCCAGUUGUUUACAUUUUGGAUCUUGCAGAUCGACUGAUCUCAAAGGCAUGUCCAUUUGCUGCAGCUGGAAUAAUGGUGGGCUCUAUAUACUGGACAGCUGUUACAUAUGGAGCUGUGACGGUGAUGCAGGUUGUUGGUCACAAAGAAGGUCUUGAUGUCAUGGAGCGAGCUGAUCCUUUAUUUCUUUUGAUUGGACUUCCCACUAUCCCAGUCAUGCUAAUAUUGGGCAAGAUGAUUCGUUGGGAGGACUAUGUGCUCAGACUGUGGCGCAAAUACUCUAAUAAGCUACAAAUUUUGAACAGCAUAUUUCCAGGCAUUGGAUGUCCUGUUCCUCGUAUUCCAGCAGAGGCCAACCCUUUGGCAGAUCAUGUUUCUGCUACACGUAUUCUGUGUGGAGCUCUAGUUUUCCCUACUAUUGCCACGAUAGUUGGCAAGCUGAUGUUCAGCAGUGUUAACUCAAAUUUACAAAGGACAAUCUUGGGUGGAAUCGCGUUUGUUGCUAUAAAAGGAGCUUUUAAGGUUUACUUCAAACAGCAGCAAUAUUUGCGCCAAGCUCACCGCAAAAUUUUAAAUUAUCCUGAGCAAGAAGGAGCAUAAGGCUGUGAUCUCCAGAUGUCGUACAGUCUCACCUAACAGGUUUCCAUGUUGUAUUGGUUCCAUCGUUAUUGCACAGUAGUGGAGAAUUGUGAUAAGUUGCUGCUCCUAUUUUUUGUUUUUCUUUAAAUAUAAUAAAGCACUGUCUUGUGGCAGGGUAGAUCCUUUCAGCAAGCACUGAACCUAAGAAUGUGACUUGGCUUUCAUUAUUUUUGGCUAUAUGUUGGGCAACAGGCUUCUGAAUGAUUUUCUUUGAGCCAAUAUGCUGAAUGG